GGACUUAUGAUUCCGAGUGGCUAUGCUACUGUGAUGCUUAAUGUAGUGUUGCGUUUCAGGAUGACCUCUCCUUAUUUCUCACAAAACAAGACAGUAGUCACCCGAAGAGGUAAGCUAUCCGGACUUAAGAAGCGAAGAAACGUGGAUGCUGUUUCCUCUGUGGCUGUGAAAGCAGAAGAGGAGGAUUCGGGAGUCUCCUUGUCAACAUUAGAUGGAAGCCAAGAUCUCUUCCAGCUUGCAACCAUUCUGCCCAAACUAGAAGCAGACGUUCCGCCAUUAUCGUCACACGGUCGCAGGCGGAGACAGAUAAAGGUGGAGUAUGAUGAAGGUACCCCACCAGUGAAGGCAGAACAGUGGGAACCUCCUGAAUGGAAGAAACAGUUGGGAUUCAUUCGUGAGAUGAGAAGCAGCCGCGAUGCUCCAGUGGAUCACAUGGGAGCAGAGAAGUGCUACGACGGAGAGGCUCCAUCUAAUGUGAGGCGUUUCCAGGUCUUGGUGUCACUCAUGCUGUCCAGUCAGACCAAAGAUCAGGUGACAGCUGCCGCUAUGCAGAGGCUGCGAGCGCACGGCUGCACUGCGGAGAAGAUUCUAUCCACUGAUGAUGACACAUUGGGAAAACUUAUCUAUCCGGUCGGCUUCUGGAGGAACAAAGUCAAGUUUCUGAAGCGGACAGCAGCCUUGCUUGUGAAAGAUUUUGGGGGGGACAUCCCAGACAGCGUGGAGGGGCUAGUCCGUCUCCCAGGGGUUGGACCCAAGAUGGCGCACCUGGCGAUGGACAUUGCCUGGGACCAGGUGUCUGGUAUAGGCGUGGACACACAUGUGCAUCGGAUCUCAAACAGGCUGGGCUGGCUCAGGAAGCCCACCAAGAACCCGGAGGAGACACGCAAAGCCCUGGAAGAGUGGUUACCAAGGGAUCUGUGGAGCGAGAUGAACUGGUUGCUGGUGGGAUUUGGACAGCAGGUUUGCCUUCCAACCAACCCUCUGUGCUCCGUGUGUUUGAACCAGCAUAGCUGUCCGUCUGCUCAUCAAAGCUCUCCCGUAAAGCGGACUAAAACUCAAUCCGUGCCCUGUCUGGGACCAGCCUCCUCGCUCAGAGCAAAGAAAGAAACUGUGGUUAAGGAUGAAAUGAUAAGUGGGUUGCCAGAUCAGGUUAAUCCCACCACCCAGAGGAGGACACUAAAAAGUAAGAUGAAACACUAAGUAUGUUUCAUUAAAAAAAAAAAAAGCUCUAAUUUUUACACUAAAAUGUUUUGCAACAAGCCAGCGUUUCAUGUUCAUUCAUCUCCUAUGCCACUUAUCCUACUGGGGUAUGCUGGAGCCUAUCCCAGCUUGAGGCAGGUUAUGUUUUGGGUCAUUAUCUAAUUGCUGGGGUGAAUUCCUGACCAACUGCGUACUGCUACAUAAUUUUGUGGUUUUGGUGCCUACAUACAGACAAGAUCACACAUUUUGGCGUGGCCUUUUAUUGUGGCCAACUUAAGGCCCACCCGAGCAGGCUGUCUAAUCAGCAUUGUGAUAUGCCACACCUGACUUAUGAAUACUCACUAACACAGAUUUGUGAACAAUAUUUGAGAUAAAUCAUUUUAAAUAGGGGCUGCACGGCGGUUGAGUGGUUAGCGCGCAAACCUCACAGCUAGGAGACUAAGGUUCAAUUCCACCCUCGGCCAUCUCUGUGUGGAGUUUGCAUGUUCUCCCCGUGCAUGCGUGGGUUUUCUCCGGGUACUCCGGUUUCCUCCCACAUUCCAAAAAAACAUGCUAGGUUAAUUGGCCACUCCAAAUUGUCCAUAGGUAUGAAUGUGAGUGUGAAUGGUUGUUUGUCUAUAUGUGCCCUGUGAUUGGCUGGCGACCAGUCUAGGGUGUACCGCCCGAAGACAGCUGGGAUAGGCUCCAGCGACCCUCGUGAGGAAAAAGCGGUAGAAAAUGAAUGAAUUAAUUUUAAAUAGGGGCGGCACAGCGGUCUAGUGGUUAGCGCGCAGACCUCACAGCUAGGAGACAAGGGUUCAAUUCCACCCUCGGCCAUCUCUAUGUGGAGUUUUGUGGUUUUCUCCGGGUACUCCGGUUUCCUCCCACAUUCCAAAAACAUGCUAGGUUAAUUAGCGACUCCAAAUUGUCCAUAGGUAUGAAUGUGAGUGUGAAUGGUUGUUUGUCUAUAUGUGCCCUGUGAUUGGCUGGCGACCAGUGUGUACCAGUGUGUACCCCGCCUCAUGCCCGAAGACAGCUGGGAUAGGCUCCAGCAUCCCUCCCGCAACCCUUGUGAGGAAAAAGCGGUAGAAAAUGAAUGAAUGAAUUUGAAAUAAUAGAAAAUAAUUUUGUGUACACAGAAUCUUUUGAGAAAAAUGGGAAAAUAAAAGUGUUGUGUUAUGUUAUGCUUUAAAAUGUACAACAUUAAACCUGUCCAAAUCAGUUACAGAAAAGUGACAAAUAUAUAUUUUGUUAUACAAUUCCAAAAAGAGGAUACUGAAUGUGUUGUUAAUAAUAUGCCUGUAUGUAUUUACUGUAUUGU